AGCCAAACAUCAAUGAUGAUGAUGAUGCCUCAUUGGGAAUUCGUCAUCGGAAGCAUUCCGGGGACUGGAAUAACAACUCGGAGAGUUACUUGGUUAAUAACCCUGAGCAAUUUCUGAAAUGUUCACCAAUGCAGAAGGAGAAAAGUGAAGACGUAGAUGCGAGCUUGGCAUUUGCAAUGCGGAAUAAUUGCCUAUCCGUCCAAGGAAAUUUUCCGCGUGUUGGCGACUAUUCCCGUGAAUUUUUGAGCGUUGAUCAAGCGACUGGGGUUUCGGAUGAAGUGUCAGAAGUUGAAACGCCACCGAAGAAGCGUAGGAAAGCUCGGAAGUACAAGUUCUCCAAGCUUUUAGGGAUGAAUGCGAUGAUGGAGUACGACAGAUCCUGGAUAGUGAUCAUGCUUUUGUGCGUGUUCGGUUAUCCUGUUAUGCAGGGAGACCCAGUGGGUUCCUUCAUUCUGGACCCUGCUGGAGUUCUUGCAGAAAUCCAGGCAUCAAAUGCGACACUAAUGAAACUGUUCAUGCACUGGGUUUUCGACGACGUCAUUAUUCCUCAACUGAAGAGAUCUUUGCGCGCAGCGAACCUAACUCGAGUUAAUCUUACCAGCAUUGCUUGGUCCGAAAGUAUUCCUUUACACGAAGUGCCGUGGAAAUGGGGAAUGGAGUUGAAGGAAGCGACAGUGUGCAACAUAGAUGAGUUUGAGCGCGAGGACGAUGUUCUGGUGAACAUUGGCCAGUUCUUGCCGGAAAUUCGUGCAACGGUUGAAGGAAAACUGCGUUAUCAUGAUUUGAAAGUCAUCCUCUCUUUCGAGGAGUCUGAAUCUAACUUUUCGGAGUUGGAGUCCUUUGUUGCUACGGGCCGCAUGAAUGUUCUUGUUGGAUUGAAGGUGCGAGGUGAAUUGUCCCUGAUCCAGUUCGCAGAUUUCGUUGACGGAAACCAGGUUGAAAUUCCUGCUGGAAAUGUUUUCUCACUCGAAAAUGUAGAAAUCAAAGAAAUGCGACUCAUGGAAGUGGUGGAAAGGAAGGUUGUACUGGAAGCAAUGAAGAUUUCUUUGGUUUUGACGAAUCCGAAGUCGGUGGAAUCACUGUUGCAAGCUGGUGAUAUAAUUCAAGGUUACGUUCACGUGCAAUUCGAAGAUAAUCCCAAGGCUGAAGAAUUGUAUUUGCGGCUCUGUGGACACGGGGAAUUGGGUUUCACCAUCGAAGCUCCCGGAACAGCGAAAAGCGUAGCCGAGACUUACACAGGUCCCAAUUUGAUGGAUCCAAUGCUUCCUCCUGGAGUAGCUUACGCCACCAGAACCUCAACGAGGCGCCUUCAUCGGCGCCAAACUUACGCGGAUCAUUCUUUUCAUCUUUGGAGCAAAAGUCAGAAUGCUAGAGUAAUUCAAUUGACGCCGUUUGAUGGAGCCUUUCCAUUCAUGAUACAAACGCCGAUUGAGCUUCCCCCGACACUGAAAACCAUUUACGGAAAAAUAAGCUACAGUUUGGAGGUCGUGAUGAAGCGCCCAAAUUACUACGACGUGAGCAAUCGUACUGCUAUUGUGAUAGAAGCUCACGUGCCGAUUCAUCGUUCUUACGGACUAAGUUGGUUCGAUGUUAGUGAGACGUUGGAUCUAGGAGACUGGCUCGGAACCCGAGAACAAGUUGAAUUCGUGAUCCGAAUCCCUUCACGUUCAUUUGUGAUGGGAGAGAGCGUGGAUUUGCUUUGCCGAGUGACGAACAAUUCGAGGCAUAUGUUGACCAAUGGCAAGGUUCUCCUGAUACAGAAAGUCACGCAUUUGGCGGACGGAUUCAGAAAGGAGACGAAUAAUGUGCUGAUCGAGGUGCGGUUUGUGGAUGUGCCGUCCGGAGUCGAGAGUUACGAGUGGAUACAACGCAUUGUAUUGCCGUCUGGAAAUCCCCCGUCGUUUUCUAAUCUGAAAUUUUCGUUGAUGGAGGUUGAGUAUUACCUUGAGAUAUCAACAACACCGAAAGCCUUUUAUGCUCCAUUCGAGAUCGUCAUCCCGAUCGAAAUCGGCACAGUUCUAGUUGAGGAGAGACAUGGGGUAUCAUCGCAACCCGGGCCCAUGGAUCCAGUAGAAGUCCCCGUCAGCAUCCCUCCGCAAGACGGCCCCGAAAUCCUGAGAAGUCGACCAAAAAAAUCGCGGAAAUCGAAGCGCGACGCGACGAUUCAGAUGACUUUGCUUGCCGAAAUUCGAGCAGAUUUUGGCAGUGAAAAUUUGUUGAUUCCUAUACACGGUUUGGGUAGAGAUAAACCGCCGUCGGCGGUUAUUUUUCUGCAGAAAAGCGAUUUUGGGGGAAGUUCGAGUGCAUUGACAGGGCGGGAUUUGUCGCGGAGUGGAUACGCUUGGGCGGAUUUGGAUUUGCGAAUGCGGUUGUCUGACGUAGUUGUGCCUUUCUUUCUUUGUUUUGGUGCCAUGGCAAUGAAUAAGAUGAAGAUAAGGGCUGUUCCUUUGGAAGAGUUCUCAGAGUUUGAGCGAUUAGUUCACGAACUGUUGGACGACUUUGGAGACAGGAAACUUGUGCGUUUAUUGCUUACUUUCUGGAACUUGAAAGGUGAUACAGCAAAGUUUGACUUCAUUUUGAGGUUACUUCGGAAUUGGGAUGUGUCCGUCAUAUCAUGUUCGAAAUCUGAGGAUAAGUCCACGUCACUCCGGAAAAAUGCCAACUACUUCGCCGAAAUCGGCCAUUAUGCCCAAGCCUUGCCCAUGUACAAUAAGUGUCUGGCAUUUGCUCCUGCUGAAAGCCAGGAAAUCCUUAGACUGGCGUACUUCAACCGAGCAGUCACUCUUUUCUUUCUGGGAAGAUAUCGCGAGUGUCUAGUAGACCUUGAAAGAUGCUGUGCUCUCAAAGGAACGGAAGAAAGCGUAUCCCACGUUUAUUACUGGAAAGCGAAAUGUCACAUGAUGCUUGAGAAUUUCGAUUUGGCUCGAAAUAACGCAUUGCUUGCGAAGGAGUCCUCUAUUCCCGCGAAAGAGCGAACAAUUGACAACUUGCUCAGAAAAAUUGAAAAAGCUUCGAGUUGUUCGCCAAGCGUUGAGCAAAAAUAUCCCGGGAUAUUGGAACAGCCUGACGGAUCGCGUGGAGAUUUGCAGAGGGCAAAACGUAGUGUCUGCGAUUUGCAGGAAGUGCAUGAGGUCAUUCCGGAAAUUUCCAGCAAAUUGAAAUUCUGCCGAAGUGCGGAAAGAGGACGCCAUGUUGUGGCCGCGGAGAACUUGAUGCCUGGUGAAGUGAUAUGCGUAGAAAAGCCAGUUGCUGCAACGCUGUCCCAUUUAUUUUGGGACACUCAUUGCUUUCAUUGCUACAAGUUGAUCAGUGCUCCUGUACCAUGUAUGAACUGCUCUGCGGUUUUCUAUUGCGACGAAGAUUGCUUGAAAAUGAACUGCGAUACCCACGCUCGUGAAUGCAAAUUUAUUGGCAACCUGGGAAGCACUCAGCUUGGCAAUUUCGGAUUUUUGCCGCUGAGAGCCGCGCUUCAAACUGACCACUUGGGAAUGAUUCUUUCACAACAAGGAAAGGAAUUGUAUGACGUGAUUGAGAAAUCGGGGGAUAAAGAAGACAGCAGGACCUUGUUGGAAAGUUAUCUUUCUUGUGAAGAUGUCCAUCCCUAUUUUAGAAUGUGCAGUUUGAUCAAGCAUGAGAAGGCUUGGGAUUCGAGAUCUUCUUUGUGGUCCGCGAUGUUGGUUGCGUAUUAUAUCAGACUGCUGGAGAAAACCGGGUUCUUUGCGAAUAAAUGAAAAGCAAUUUUUUUUUAGACUCGGCCGUAA